CCUUCCUGGGCUUGAUAAACCCAAGCCACAUUCCUGAGCCACCUCUAGAGCCCAGGCAACUGCACGGGGGCCACUCCAGGGUUGACUGUGCCACCUGAGAGCUCAGAAGAUGCAUCUUACCGACCACCUGCAACUCCUCCUGGUUGGACUACUGGCCCUUUCUCACAGUGGCCAAGGUCAGACCGACAGUCACAAUCAGGAGGCUCCAGGCACAGGUGAGGACUCCCCCAGUCUGAAGAUCGCCCCGAGCAACACCGCUUUUGCCCUCAGCUUGUACCACCUGAUGGCUUCCCCAAACCCUGGGAGCAACAUCUUCUUUUCCCCUCUGAGCAUCUCCGCCGCCUACGCCAUGCUGUCCCUGGGGGCCCGCUCCCACACGUGGACCCAGAUCCUCGAGGGUCUGGGCUUCAACCUCACGGAAGUGUCCGAGUCCGACAUCCACCUGGGCUUCCAGCACCUGCUGCACACUCUCAACCUCCCAGACGACCAGCUAGAGACACGUGUGGGCAGUGCCCUUUUCCUGAGCCAGGACCUACCGCUCCUUUCGAGGUUCCUUAAUGACACCAUGGCCUUCUAUGAGUCCAAACUCUUCCACACCAACUUCCUCGACUCUGAGGGUACAACCCAGCUUAUCAACGACCACAUCAAGGAGGAAACUCGAGGCAAGAUUCCGAGCUUGGUGGGCGGGCUCAGCACAGAUACAGUGAUGGUGCUGGUGAACUACGUUUACUUCAAAGGUCAAUGGGAGAAACCAUUUAUCCCGUCGAGGACUAGUCCCCAAAACUUCUAUGUGGAUGAAAGUACAACAGUCAAGGUACCUAUGAUGUUUCAAGACCGCCACAACCACUGGUAUCUUCACGACAAAUACUUGCCCUGCUCGGUGCUGAGGAUGGAUUACAAAGGAAAUGCAAAGGCCUUUUUCAUCCUUCCUGACCAAGGGAAAAUGAAGCAGGUGGAAAGUGUGUUGACUCCAGAGAUGCUGACAAGGUGGAACAAUUUGCUGCAGAAGAGGUCUUUUCACAGGAAGCUCGAGUUGCAUUUCCCCAAGUUCUCCAUUUCCGGCUCCUAUAACUUAGAUCAGAUUUUGCCCGUGCUGGGCAUCAGGGACCUGUUUACGCAGCAGGCUGACUUGUCUGGCAUCACCACAGAGAGAAACCUGCUGGUGUCUAGGAGUUUCCACAAGGCCAUCCUGGACGUGGAUGAGGCUGGCACCAAGGCUGCAGCGGCCACCAGCCUCUCUGUCACCUUUCUGUCUGCCACACUCAAUCGCCGGGUCCUUCGGUUCAACCGGCCCUUCUUUGUGGUGAUCUUUUCCACAAACACCCAGAGCAUCCUCUUUCUGGGCAAAGUUGUCAACCCCAUGGAAUCAUAGCCCUCCCAAGGCUGCAGGUCAGCAGGAGAACAUGGCCUGGAGGGCUGGCUGUGAGCAGCUCUGCUUCUGGAGUGGGGGUGCAGAAGAUGCCAAGAGUCCAGGCAGAAGCUGUUGGUGAGGGCGAGGGAUAUGGGUGGCACCAGACAGGUGUGGGCUGAACACUCAGCUCCCCAGGUCUAUGAGACCUCAGGCAGAUCAUGUGAUCUCGGAAUAAGUUUCUGUCCCAGAAAGUGUGCUAAGUAAACAAACUGAUGACUGUGAGGAGCUGGCUUGGUACCUUGUACAUAGCAAAGGCUCAAUAAAUGCAUUCCUUUCUCAUC